CUGAUACAAACCUAUCGGCUUUCCCCCCCUCGCACCCACUCUCCUUCAUUUUCAUCUUCCUAUACUCCUUGUAAAGUAAUCAUGCAAAUGGGCGAGGGCUCCUGGGAGGACCGUCUCCACAUCUCCUUCAUUGGCGAACAUGUUCUCUUUCCCGGGCUGCGCCUCGAUUCUUGGGGCCACUUCGUAGGGGCAUCGCUCUUGACUACGACUUUUUGUCUAUGUGAGAGACUUGUCACGCUAGCGCUCAUGAGACACUGGGCACCUUUUCGUUAUGUGCGCCGGUCGCGUCUUCGCACCGCACUCUGGAGAACGGUAUUAUACUGGAUUGUCACAUUGUUGAGAUUACUGUACAUGCUCAUAUCCAUGACAUUCCAUGUCGGGUUGAUCCUUGUACUCGUAUCGGCCCUGUCUGUGGGACAAUUUGGCAUUGAAUAUAUUGGCGAACAACCACCGAGUCCCAAUUUUGAGCAUGCCUAUCGUCUGGAUUCCGACCCCCUCCUACAUCCAGCAUCCUCUCCAACUUCGCUGGACAAGCCUCAGCAUCCACCCUCCACACGCCCGCGCGCGAAGUCCAGGUGCAAGCCAUCAAGCAUCUUCAUUCACCCCAACGACUCCAACAUCGCACGUGCCGAUGCGGUCGCUGUAGAGAUGGGCAUCCACGGAGACACUGAUCGUGUUCGGGGCAGCAAUACCUACACGGACACGCGCGGCACUGCAUGGGAACACGGGAAGGGUAGGGACGUCGCCCGAGACAUGAUGGCUGGGGCCAAGCAGCAUUCGCGAUCUGGUUCCCGUCAAGCCUUGUUCCGCAUCCAGGAUGCAGACAGCGAAGACGAUGAAGAACUGUAUGAUGGUUGAGGAGUCCGUGACGAGUAUUUCCACACUCCUAGUUUUGUUUUGUUGUCUUGCUUUCAUCCAUUCCUCUUGCCACUCGUUAUCUUUAUUUAAAGCUGGUCUCGAUCUAGAGUUUCUUCCUUUUUUACUGCCUUCGAAGUCGAAGUUUCAGUCGUAUCUUACGCUCCAUUGUACUGAAUAUUUCUGCUUAGUUCUAUAACUAUAGCCGAUGAUUGGGUCUCCC